UUUCACUUUCUAAUUUUUUGCUUCCAAUUUCCGUUUCAUUUCCUCGUUGACUAACAACCCCACCACCCCCUCUGCCCCAAGCUAGGGUUUAUUCUUAUUUUUUUCCUCAAACUAUAGAGAAAAACCUUCAAAAAUAGAAUUUUUAUACUGAUUUAAGGAAGAAGAAGAAGUUUCUUGAUCAGUUGACAUGGUUUAUGAAAGCUUUGCCCCGCUAAUCAAGGCGUAAGUUUCUCUUCUCUGAACCCUUUGCAGAAUUAGUAUAUCUUUUAAGCAUAUAUCUGAAUCUUGAAAAAUCGAAAAAAGGUGGGAUUUUUUGGUUUUUUUUUUUGUGAAUUUUCAAGUGUUUGAGAAGGAUAAAGAUUCGUUCUUGGAAGUCUACAGAGAGAAACAAUAAUUGGGUGUUGAGUGUUUUGUUGGGAAACUCACUGAUUACUCAGAUUUCUGUGCUUUUGGUUCAUUUUGGGAAUUUGAAGAAUUUUUUGUUUUUGCUGAAGCUGGAGCUGAUUUGAUUUGGGGAUUAUUUACUGGUGUAUAUUGCUGUUACAGUUUCAAAGUUUGCAACUUUGUUUUUGGUUCUUGCUUGGAUACCUCUUUUGAAUUUGGUUAGGAUUGGAGACUGCUUUUUCUGGUGCUGUGUGAAUUGUAUGUCUGGGUUUUUGUGCAAUGGUUGAGAUUUCUGGAGGGUUUAUUGCAGUGGUGUAAGUGCUGAGGUUUUGUGUUGUCUGUAAGCUUAAAGGACUUUGUUUCGAUUGAUGUUCAUUGAUGGUUUGACGAAGAGGAGCUAUUCUAGGUAAAACAGCUGUAGAUAAGUAUUCAAAUGGAUAAUCCAGAUCGUCCUAACAAUCGAAGUCUUGAUUAUUUAGGUGUGAAUAAAUUGGGGAAGAAUAUAAAGAAAAGUCCUAUACACCAACCCAAUUUCAAUAAUGCAAAUAGCGCGAGACAACAAGCUCAACCCCAAGUUUAUAAUAUCAACAAAAAUGAUUUUCGGAGUAUUGUUCAGCAGUUGACUGGUUCGCCAUCUCAAGAACCUCAACCUAGACCUCCUCAUAAUCCACCAAAGCCUCCUAGUAUGAGAUUGCAAAGGAUUCGACCUCCCCCUUUGGCACCGAUUAAUCGCCCCCGAAUUCCCAUGCACCCCCCAGCACCAAUGCCAGCCCCAAGUCAACUGGCAGGUCCUGCACCUGGUGUUGCAUACAAUAACAAUUUUGUGAGACCUCCUCCUCAGUAUGGUCAGCCAUCUCCUCCCAUGUUACCACCCAUUAACCCUGGUGAUGUUUGGGCUAAUACAGCAGAGUCUCCAAUCUCAGCUUACAUGCGUUACCUUCAAAAUUCGAUAAUGGAUCCAGGGGCUACACAAACACAACUUCAAGGCCCUGCUCAUACUCAAGCAUAUCCUCCAUCCUCCGGCUUUCUUCCUAAUCCUUCAAUGCCACCACUUCCCUCUCCUAGAAUGAAUGGCCCGCCACCACUUCCUUCUCCUAGAAUGAAUGGCCUGCCUCUCCUCCCAUCGCCUAGAAUGAAUGGCCCGCCUCUCCUCCCAUUGCCUAGAACAAAUGGUCCACCUUCUCUCCCACCCCCUCGUAUGAAUGGUCCACAUCCUCCUUUCCCAUCUCCUAGGAUGAAUGGUCCGCCUCCACCACUUCCAUCUUCGGGAAUAAAUGGGCCAACUUUUUUGCCUUCACCCACUUCUCAGUUCCUUUUGCAAUCACCCACUGGCUUCUUCAACAUGUUAUCUCCUCGAUCACCUUAUCCAUUGCUUUCUCCUGGUGUGCAGCGCCCUUCACCAUUGACUCCGAAUUUCUCCUUCUCUCACAUGGCUCAGCCUGGGAUUUUAGGCCCUGGACCACAAUUUCCCCCAUCUCCUGGUUUUGGAUUUCCUCUGUCGCCGUCAGGAUAUUUUCCUAUAACAAGUCCAAGAUGGAGGGAUCAGUAGUGUUAAGGAAAAACUACUGACUUUGGACAGCUCCAGUGACUGAUAUUGGUUUGAGGAAUUUCGUGGUGGAAAUCUUCUCCAAAUUGAAUCUUUAUACUUGUUGAGAUACAAUGUACCCUAGCUAAACGUAAGAUAUCUCUUUAGUAAUUUGCAUUUAGUUUUGUUAUUUUAUUUUAUAUUAUUUUAUUCACACACAUUGCCAUCUUAUCUUAACUCUUUGUGAGUAGAGUCUGUAGCUGAUUCAUCUCUUUAUUCUCUUAGAACUUUAGGCAAUGUAGUUAAUUAGGCAACUCAAAAAGGGCUGUAACUUGUUAGAUGUUGUUUAAAGUGAUCUAUAUGUAAGGAAAUGCAGGAAAGAUUCUUGUACUGUCACAUUUGGAAUCAAAUACUUUGAAUUUUCUUCAAAUCUUCGCCUUUCA